AUGGGUAAUUCUAAUCGUCAACAAGGAUCUUUGGCAAGUAAUACUCAACAAAAUCCUAAGCCUUCCGGUUCAAAUAAUGGAAGUAAUAAGUAUCAACACCCGAAUGUUAGGAAUGAGCAUGUAAAUGCCAUUACUACUCAGUCCGAUAAGGUAGUUAAUUCUCCUAUUUCUCCUCCUCUUUCUAGUGCUACUAAUGUUCCUAUGCAAGUUGAUAGUGAGGAUGAAGAUGAACAAGUUGAUGAAGAGAUUGUAGUAAAGCCGAACCAAGCCGUGAAACCACCGGCCGUUCCACUUACAUCGACUACACCGGUUGCUACACCGGUAGCAAAACCGGCGGUUGUUGAGCCUCAAGUAAAUCCAUAUAAGCCUAAGAUUCCUUUCCCUCAAAAAUUGAAGAAGGAUAAGCUCAAGGAACAAUACGCUUAUCAAGGAUCUUAUAACGGACAAGAGGAAGCUAAGGCUACUUUCCUAAAUGCGGAGUGUUUGGCAAUUGUGCAAAAUCAAAUCCCUCCUAAGCUUGAAGAUCCAGGGAGUUUUGUGAUUACUUGUUCUCUUGAUGCUAAGCUUACUUGUGAUGCUUUGGCCGAUAUUGGUGCAAGCAUUAACUUGAUGCCUUUUUCAGUUUAUAGGCGAUUGUCUUUAGCGGCUUUAAAGCCAACUCGGAUGAGCAUUAGGCUCGCCGAUCAUUCAUUUCAGUAUCCCAUGGGAAUUGCUGAAAAUUUGUGUAUUAAAGUAGGCCGAUUUUGUUAUCCUUGA